AUGGCAACCAUAAACCACACAUCUCCGGUGCUCGAUACGUCUGGGAAGGCACUUAAAUCCGGCAUAGAUUACUACAUCAAACCCGCCAGUACUUACAAAGGUGGUGCUUUAACUCUAAUAAACCGGGAGCCAUAUUUAUGUCCACUCUACGUUGGCCAAGGAAAUGUCUCGGGCUGGCCUUUUCAGUUCAAGCCAUUUUUCGACGGAGAAACAGUGGUGAGGGAGAGUAGGGAUCAAAUGAUUAUAUCCCGUGUCUCUACACAUUGCAGGUGGUUAAAUUCAUGGUCGAUUGAAAAAGCUAACCCAGAGGACCAAGGGAAAUUAAUUGCUAUGCAAGAACCUGCAAGAGGAAAACUGCCAAAUGGUAAAUACUUUAGGAUUACUAGAUCACAGCCGGAGGUGGAUGGUAAAAGCUACAUUCUGAGAUGGUGUCCCACCGAUAUGUGUCCUAAUUGUACAUUCGCUGAUUGUGGAAAUAUUGGUUCUUUAGAUUCGAAUGGAGGGAAGAGGUUCUUGGCUUUGAAUGGUUCUGCGCUUCCGGUUGUGUUUGAGAGGGCUUAA